CGCUCAUGUCGUUGUACGAUAGCCACGAUAGCUUGAGAUUAGGUUAGGAAUUGCCGAAUUACGUGAAAAUAGUAUCUGCAUAGGUGUAUAUAAAGAAAAUACGAAUUUAUUGUCAAACGAGUUAAUUACGUCGACAUGGCUGGGAAAAGUGGAAAGGAUUUAGCACUGUCUAUGUUACGAGUGUUACCUAGGGUGUCACUGGGAAACAUUCGAGAUAAUCCUGGUGCAUUACAGAAGAGAAAACGUGGUAGAGGUCAACAUGGUGGUAACCGGCACAGUGCAACGCAAAAAGGUUCUUACCAGAGGCAAAAUUACAUGCGUCUGGGUUACGAGUCUGGAAACAACCCUUUUUACUUGAGGUUUAGCUACGAGCCUUACUACAAGGGUCACCAUUUCAGACGAGAAUAUCCACCGCUUUCUUUAAAACAGCUGCAAAUGUUUGUUGACACAAAUCGGCUGGAUAUAACAAAGCCCAUUGAUCUGCUGUCAUUAAUAAACACUGGUUUAUAUAAUAUCAAUGUAAAUUGGAAACAUGCAGGUGUUCAUUUAACAGAUGAGGGCUCGCACUGUUUCAAAGCCAAAUUAAAUAUAGAGGUACAAUGGGCAUCCGAACCUGUAAUCGCGGCGAUUGAAAGGAACGGUGGCGUAAUCACUACUGCUUACUACGACAUGCGCUGCCUCCAGGCCAUGUGCGAUACGGAACAGUUUUUCAGCACAGGUGAACCGAUACCACGUAGGUUCCUGCCAACAAUGGAUUGCUUGGAGUAUUACUCCAGUGCCACUAUGAGAGGAUAUUUGGCCGAUCCCGAAAAAGUCUCUCAGGAACGACUGGUGCUGGCGCAAAAGUACGGCUACGAAUUACCGAAAAUCGAGGACGAUCCUGAUUACGAGAUGUUGUGCGCGCGCAAAGAUCCGCGGCAAUUGUUCCACGGUCUGGAGCCGGGCUGGGUGGUCAGUCUUAAAGAUAAAGUGAUACUGAAACCUAAAGCCGAAUAUCUAAAAGAAUAUUAUGCGAGUUGAGAUGUGACACGCAUGUGUGAAACGAUCAUCAGUUUUAGACUGAUUUCGAGUUGGAUUCAAUAAAUAAUAUGUACCACAU